GCAAGUUUGGACAAACAUAAAAUUUGGUCAUUCAUUGUCUUAGGUGAUUUGGCAAGGAAGAGUUUAAGACUCAUGGUUUGGAGAUGGAGAGCUAAGAAACAUAUGAUGUAUAAUAUUGACACCAGAAGAGGUCCCUCCACUUCUUUUAGCUUCAGAUUUCUCCUACAUAUGUCCGUUUUACUCUACCGGAGCUUUUACUGUCGAUGUAUCAUUAUUAUGUUGCUGGGAAGGCACUCAAAUGUAUGCCCAAGUGUUUUUUAUGGAAUGUCUAAGCUCCUUGAUGAAAUCAUGUUCUGUAAGGGUGAUGUACUUAAGAUCACUCCCGUGGAAAAUGGUGACUGUGUGGUAAAUGACGAUGUUGGAGGUGGAGAAGGUGAGGCCACAGCUUCAAGCCACACCUCUAUUGAUGGAAGAGAGACUUGGUGA